AUGAUGCCAAUGUCUAAUAUAUUUUGCACAAUAUGUGACACAAAGAUUGAUCCUUCAUCCUCUAUAAAUAUAUUUUCUACAUCUUUCCCUCGUCAAGGGGAAUUGUUAGUAAAUUUCGUAUCACGAGUACUUCGUGUAGCAACUUCUGAAUUACAAAAUCCUUAUAUUUGUUUGCAAUGUUACAAUUUAUUUCAAAUGUUAGAACAAGCGCAAAAAACUGUUUUGAACAUACGUUGUGAGAUUUUGAAGAUAUAUCGUGCUACUGAAAGAAGAAAGAAUAUUAAACAACCAGUAAAUAAUAGUACAAAAUUAAAUAUAGAGUUAGAAAAGGAAACAUUGAACAAUAGUGAUGGAAAUUUUGAAAAAGUAUUGAAUUUACAAAAGAAUACUCAAAUAGAAGAAAUAGUACAAAAACAAUAUGUUCAAAACAAUAUGAUAAAUCAAAAUAUAAAUUGUGCCAUUAACAAUAAAAUUACUAUAAAAUCAAAGAAACACUUAAAAAAAGAAAUGAUUGGCUAUAAUGAAGCAAAUAGCAUAAAGUCAUUUGACUACAAUAAUAUCUAUAAUGAUAUAAAGAAAAAUGAAAUUUUAAAGGAUGAUAUACUUAAUAAUUCAGUGACAUUAACUAAUGACAGCAAUGUAUGUAAUAUCAAUUCACAAGAAAUUGUGCAUACACCAAAAAUUCAUGUUGGAGAAAAAAACUGUAUUUCAUUAUUAAAUUCUGAAAUUGAGUCAAAAAACUCUGCAAAAGCAGAAUCUGCAGAUAAUAAAUUACAAAUAGGAAAUAUUGAUCUUGAAUGGAAGAAAAUGGAUGAAAAUAUUACAGAAAUAAAAGGAAAUACUAAGGAUAUUACAGCAUCAACAGUUGAUCAAGUAAAUAUACCUGUAAAAUCAGUAAAAAUACCAAAGUCUGAUUUAAAAUCAUUAAAAUAUUUUUGUCCUACUUGUGAUAAGAAAUGGAAAACAUCUGCUGAAUUAAAAACACAUAUGAAAACUCAUUCAUCAUUAAGGCCAUAUAUGUGUGAAAAAUGUGGUCAAGCAUAUAAACAUAAACAUGCAUUAGAAAUACAUGUUGGAAUGCAUAAUGGAAUAAAUCCAUUUCAAUGUAAUUUUUGUAACAAGUGCUUUACACAAAAAGGAGCACUUAUGAGGCAUUUACCGAUGCAUACCGGUGAAAUGCCUUAUCAAUGUGAAGUGUGUGGUAAAAGAUUUAUUCACCAUACAUCUUAUAAUAUGCACAGAUUAUCACAUAGUGGUAAAAAAUCUUAUAAGUGUCAAAUGUGUGAUUUAUCUUUGCUUUCAACAUCUCAUUUAAAAAGGCAUAUGAGAGUUCAUACUGGUGAAAAGCCAUAUAGUUGUAUAAUAUGUGGAAAACGUUUUGCAGAACGAUAUAAUUUACUUGCUCAUCAAAAAGUUCAUGGUUCAAUUGAAAAUAAAACAAAAAAAGUUCAAGAAAUACAAUUUCAAUGUAAUCAUUGUAAUUUAAUGUUUGAAGAGAAAAAAAGCUGGAAUGAUCAUAUGAAAUAUCAUUCUAAUAUGAACAAUGAGUCUAACCUUAAACAAUGUACAAUUCUUCAAGUUGAAGAAGAUCAUGAACUACCAAAAAAAACAAAUUUUGAGGAUGGUAUAUUACAAGAAACCUGGAUUCAAAUGAAUCGCUCUAAAUUAGAUAUUAUUGAUAAUCAAACAAGAUUUGUACUUUUACAAAGUCCUUUAUCUCAAAUUGAUGAAAAUUUUGCUGUUACUUUUAAUGAUCAAAAAGUAUCCUUGGAAAGUACAAAUUAUAAUACAAAUUUGCAUGUAAUCAUAGAACCAGAUAUACCACUUUUAAGCAAUAAUCUUCCUUCAAUUGAUAAAAUGCAUAUGCCAUUUUGUACAACCAUUGCCUCUAAGAUCUACUUCUUGUAUUAAACCAGUAAGAUUUAAUAAUUCUAAUAAAUCAUUGAUCCUAUUAAACUUUAAAUCUAUCACACAUUAGUUUCAAGAGAUUUGGUUAAAAAUGAUUUUCCAACUCCUAUUAGUCUGUCAGUAAAAAACCCACAAAAUUCUAAAUCAUCAUAUAUUAUUUCCUUAAGAUUUCUUAAUUUCACAACAGUUACAUUAGAAGAAGAUGAAUGUGAAAUAGCUGAUGUGGAAUCAUCAGAUACAAGUUCCAAAUAUUCAUCUUCUAUAGAUUCCCAGCUCAUAUCAGUAUGUAAUAAUAGAUCUGUAUCAUCAUUUUCAAUAACUACAUCAUCUUUCUUCAUUUGCAAAGAUACAGAAAAUAUAAUUAAACCUUAUUUGAAACGAUUAAAACUGUUGGCAUUCCUAGCAGUUCAAAACUCGCGGUACGAAAGGAGCGACAACUUCUGGUACAAUGUGGUAAUGACUUCCUGUGACUGA